AUGGCAGACUUCGUCUUCGUCCCCACGUAUGAAACAUUUCAUUGGAUCAAUGAUGAUACGAAUUUACCGACACGAGACCUUGUUCCAAUCAUGGCCAAAACCGAGAAGUCUUUUCCCAGAAACUUUACAGGCUGUCUGACAUGUGUCCAAGUACUGAACAUCAUGGUGCUUCUCGGCUUUAUGCUGAACUACGCCCUCCGUGUCAAUCUGACCAUCGCUAUCGUGGAGAUGAUCUACGACGGCAAAAGCAAUACGACAGUUAUUGCAAACCUCACAGACUCGCUAAAUGUCACUCAGCAUCCAGAACACAUCGAGCAGACCCGCUAUCACUGGGACACGAAACAGAAAAACCAUCUGCUAGGAUGUUUCUUCUGGGGAUACGUUCUCACAGAGUUGCCAGGCGGCCGACUGGCAGAAAUCAUAGGAGCUCGGCGAGUUUUUGGCUACAGUACUCUUCUAGCCAGUGUUCUCACAUUGCUGUCUCCAGCUGCAGCAUCUCUUGGCUUCGGAUGGAUCGUGGCGCUUAGAGUAAUUCUUGGCUUCCUACUCGGUGCUACAUGGCCUGCUAUCCUCCCGAUGGCCUCAAAAUGGAUUCCUCCCAUGGACAGAUCCAAAUUCAUGUCCAACAUGAUGGCGUCUUCUCUGGGAGCGGCGAUAACGAUGCCGAUCUGCGGUUUUCUCAUAGCACACUUUGGUUGGGAAUCCGCUUUCUAUUUCACUGGUAUUAUUGGUGUCAUGUGGUCGGUGGCAUGGUUCGCUGUGGUCUACGACUCUCCCGCACAGCAUCCCCGCAUCUCUGAAACCGAAAGGAACUAUCUCAUGAAGGCAUUACCGCAGGACGUUUCUAAAGGACAUAUGCCAGUCCCAUGGCGCAGUCUUCUAACGUCAGCGCCAGUAUGGGCCAUCGUCUUCACCCACGGCGCGUCAGUCUUCGGAUACUUCACCGUCGUGAACCAACUGCCCACUUACAUUGAGAGCAUACUGGGAUAUAAUAUUAAACACAACGGUCUGCUCUCAUCUCUGCCGUAUCUCGGAAAGUAUCUAUGUGCAUUGGCCUCAUCCGUCCUGGCUGACUCUCUUCGCCGCACCGGACGCCUCUCGACCACCGCCGCAAGAAAACUUUUCACUGGAUUUGCUGUUGGGUUACCUGGUCUAAUGAUGUUAGCCCAAGCCUUCUUCGGCCACGACAGGAUCUGGUCCAUCGCCAUCUUCACCCUCGCGCUGACCAUCAAUGGCGCGGUCACCGCCGGCUACCUCGGCAACGGAUUGGAUAUCGCUCCUAAAUUCAGUGGAACUAUCUUCGGUAUCGCAAAUACUCUAUCUUCAUUCGGCGGCUGGCUUUCAACAUACAUGGUUGGCGAAUUAACCAAGGAACAUAACACAUACGAACAGUGGCAAAUCGUGUUUUUCAUUCUCGCCGGCACGUACGUGUGUGGGUCCCUCGUUUUCGUUAUUUUCGGCUCCGGAGAACUUCAACCGUGGAAUUCUCCAUCUUCUCCAACACCGAAACACGAGGAACAACCAUUAAACGAGGAGAAAGCG